UACAGGUUGAUUCUCUUGUAACUCUGGCUUCAGUUCUUGGAUGUUGCAGCCUCAGAUCUCUGGAUCUCAGCACGUGUGGUCUGACAGAUUCUUCUGUUGAGCUGCUCUCUGCUGGACUGAGUAACCCUGGCUGUAAACUGGAGAUACUCAGGAUGACACACUGCAAAAUCACAGAAGUAGGAGCUGCUUGUUUGGCGAGGGCUCUCUCUUCCAACCCAUCACACAUGCGGGAAAUAGACUUGAGCAUCAAUCCUGUUAAAGGCCCAGGAUUUGACCAGCUCAGAUCCGUUUUGGAAGAUCCAGCAACCCGAUUAGAGAAAUUAAUUGUGGACGGCCUAGAGGAGCAGCAUGACAUGGAAACUCUUCAGCAAUAUACGUGCAAGCUGACUUGGGAUAGAAACACCGCUUCUUCAAGUGUGCAGGUGUCAGAGGAAGAUGAGGCUCUUGUGAAACGUCGCAGAAACCCAGAACCUGAUUCGCAUCAUCCAGAAAGUUUCAAAAAUCAAAACCAAAUCAUGAGUCGGGAAGGUCUGAUCAGCCGUCAUUUCUUCCAGCUGGAGUGGUUUGGCAGGUGGGCCACUAUUGGAAUGGCUUAUAAAGAUAUAAGCAGGAAGGGAAGUUCUACAGCCUGUAAGAUUGGACUUAAUAAUAAAUCCUGGGGCAUUUUGGUGAGUAACCCCUCUUCUCUCUGUAAUGCUCUUCAUGGAGGAGUAGAAAUCCGUCUUCCUAACUGCUCACCCUGGAGAGUUGGAGUCUAUCUAGACUGGCCGGCAGGAACUCUGUCCUUUUACAACACCACACGUGACAAGGCUGAGCUCAUCCACACCUUCCAUGCUAAGUUCACCAAGCCUCUCUUUCUGCUGGUCAGUAUUAGUGCUGGAGUGAAGAUCUUACCAGACGUGCCUCCUCCUGUCUGUGUCCAUGACCACGAUCCUUGGGAUGUGUUCAGGGGCUACAAGGAAUGUAAGGGAUGUAACGGAUCAAAGGCUUGCUAGAUAAACCAAUGUGCUCUCCUUUUGUGAAAUAUCUGAUGGUAGUGUUUUUAUCCAUGAUCAUUUGGAUUUCAAGGACAUAUCAGGAAAGGAUUCAUUAAAGGGUUAGUUCAUCGAAAAAUCAAAAUUAUGUCAUUAAUGAC